UUUUUAAAAUUAGACCUCUGUUGAAGACAUUUGGAUUACAACUGUGAGCAUAUCUAUGCAAAGAGACGAGCUAGCCUGAGCAAUUUUGAGUUUUGUUCAGUGGAGGGACUGCUGUAUGUCAGCCAUGCUAAAGGGCAAGUGAUGGAGCUUUUUUUACCUUUCUUGCUUUCCUAUACCCUUUGUGCUGGGCUUUUUCCCCUAGGCAAUGAAUGACUUGUCUCAUACAAGCUUUGGCUUCUGCGUACAGCCUAGAUGCAACUAAUACCACAUGGAGAGAUGCUUGGAAAACUGAUACAUUUUGUUUUGUUAAUGGCAUGUUUUGCGCAUUGGAUUUUUUAACCCACUACUUUCUGCAUGGAUGUAUAAUAAUGACUCUUUUGUUUAACAUUAGAUAAGCAUGAGAUCACCGUGGCACAGCUGCAUGUGUAGUCACUCUUGAAGCAAUUGCACACCUAAUUGGCUGACAAUCUUGGCAUUUUUAAAACAAACACAAGCCUUUUAAAGACAGGGGACGUAUUCAUGUAUGAGUAGUCCAAUAAACCUGUUGGGUGUCAUCAAUGGAGCCCCCUGGCACUGAACAGCUGUGUGAUGACCCUGAUCCUGGAGGCAAAUCCCAAGAUCAAGAGACCAAAAAACAACAUGAAUCAGAGCAAAAAUUAUCCAAAAUAACCCAUAAUGCUUUGGAGAACAUUAAUGUGAUUGGUCAAGGCUUGAAGCACCUUUUCCAGCAUCAGCGCAGGAGGUCGUCAGUUUCUCCACAUGAUGUUCAGCAAGCUCAGGCUGAUCUGGAGCCUGAAAUGGAUCUGGAAAGCCAAAGCGUCUGUGCUGAAAUUGAUGGUGUCUCCACCCACCCCACAGCUCUGAACCGGGUGCUUCAGCAGAUCAGAGUGCCACCUAAAAUGAAGAGAGGGACGAGCCUGCACAGCAGGCGGGGCAAGGCAGACGCCCCGAAAGGAAGCCCACAGAUCAACAGAAGGUCUGCCCAAGAUAUUCAGUCAGGUCGGCCCAGAUCGUCAUCUACUACAGAUGCUCCCACAAACUUGUCCGUGAUGGAGAUUGCUUCUUCUAUCUAUGUAGGUGGAGAGGAGGCCACAGCAGCAGCAAUCGAGCGAUUGGAAGUCAGCAGCUUAGCGCAGACCUCCAGUGCAGUGGCCUCGAGCACUGAUGGCAGCAUCAACGCGGACUCUGUUGACGGGACCCCAGAUCCUCAGCGUACAAAAGUGGCUAUCACACACCUGCAACAAAAGAUACUGAAGUUGACCGAGCAGAUCAAAAUCGAACAAACAGCCCGUGAUGACAAUGUGGCAGAGUACCUGAAACUGGCCAACAAUGCAGACAAGCAGCAGAGCGCCCGCAUUAAGCAAGUGUUUGAGAAGAAAAAUCAGAAGUCAGCCCAGACCAUCUUGCAGCUGCAGAAGAAACUAGAGCAUUACCAUCGAAAGCUGCGAGAGAUUGAACAGAAUGGGAUCCCUCGGCAGCCGAAGGAUGUCUUCAGGGAUAUGCAUCAGGGUUUGAAAGAUGUCGGAGCAAAAGUCACUGGCUUCAGUGAGGGAGUAGUAGACAGUGUAAAAGGUGGGCUUUCCAGUUUCUCCCAAGCCACGCAUUCAGCAGCAGGAGCUGUUGUUUCCAAACCCCGGGAGAUUGCCUCCCUCAUAAGGAACAAAUUUGGGAGUGCAGACAAUAUUGCUAAUCUGAAAGACUCUUUAGAAGAAGGCCAGGAAGAUGGGACAGGCGGCAAGGCUCUAGGUGUUAUUCAGAACUUUCAGUCAAGCCCAAAAUAUGGCAGUGAAGAAGAUUGCUCCAGUGCCACGUCGGGCUCAGUGGGAGCCAACAGCACAACAGGGGGCCCUGUGGGAGCUUCCAGCUCCAAAACAAACACUCUGGAUAUGCAGAGCUCAGGGUUUGAUGCAAUACUGCAUGAGAUUCAAGAAAUUCGAGAGACACAGGCAAGACUGGAAGAAUCAUUUGAGGACCUUAAGGUUCGCUAUCAGAGGGAUUACUCAUUAAUCAUGCAGACUCUGCAGGAGGAGCGGUACAGAUGUGAAAGACUCGAAGAGCAGCUAAAUGAUCUGACUGAGCUCCACCAGAAUGAGAUCCUCAAUUUAAAACAGGAGCUGGCCAGCAUGGAGGAGAAAAUUGCCUAUCAGUCUUAUGAGCGAGCCCGGGACAUCCAGGAGGCACUGGAAGCAUGCCAGACCCGCAUCUCCAAGAUGGAGCUGCAGCAGCAGCAGCAGCAAGUGGUGCAGCUGGAGGGGCUGGAGAAUGCCACGGCCAGGAACCUGCUGGGGAAGUUCAUCAACAUCCUCCUGGCUGUCAUGGCUGUCCUCCUCGUCUUCGUCUCCACUGUGGCCAACUGCGUCGUGCCACUCAUGAAGACUCGCAAUAGGACGUUCAGCACUUUAUUUAUAGUGGUUUUUAUUGCCUUUUUGUGGAAGCACUGGGACGCCAUCACCGGCUACUUGGAACGGUUCUUGUCUCCCCCCAGAUGAUGGCGGCAGGAUUGGCUGCAUCACCCUCCUCCCGGCGCUCUCGGUGAGCAAGCGUGGCAAAGAUUAGUCAGCAACUACUCCGCUGAAGUUUUAAAGUGUCCGAGUGAAUUUGUUUACAUUUAGAAUAACGUUUUUUCUCUGCGAGAUGCAUUGCAAUAGUAUUUUUUAGAUUUUAUUCAAGAACUCUUUUUGGCGAGAAUCCUGGAUAAUUUUUAUGUAGCAUGGUUCUCUUUGGAUGCAAAUCUUAAGAUUCUUUAAAGUGUACAAAAGAAAUAAA